GGGAAAGAGAGGGAGAGAAAGAGCAAGCUUUCUUACUCAGGGGGGAAAGCGUUUUGAGCUUCAACAUGGCCUCGCUGUGAUAUCUGAUCACUGGAGAUUCCAUCGUUAGUGCUGAGGCAGUAUGGGAUCACGUCACCAUGGCCAACCGGGAGUUGGCAUUUAAGGCUGGCGACGUCAUCAAAGUCUUGGAUGCUUCCAACAAGGAUUGGUGGUGGGGCCAGAUCGACGAUGAGGAGGGAUGGUUUCCUGCCAGCUUUGUGAGGCUCUGGGUGAACCAGGAGGAUGGGGUGGAGGAAGGGCCCAGUGACGUUCAGAAUGGGCACCUGGACCCCAACUCAGACUGCCUUUGUCUGGGCCGGCCACUCCAAAACCGGGACCAGAUGCGAGCCAACGUAAUCAAUGAGAUCAUGAGCACUGAGCGUCAUUACAUCAAGCACCUAAAGGACAUUUGUGAGGGCUACCUGAAGCAAUGCCGGAAGAGAAGGGACAUGUUCAGUGAUGAGCAACUGAAGGUGAUCUUUGGGAACAUUGAAGACAUCUACAGGUUUCAGAUGGGCUUCGUAAGAGACCUGGAGAAACAGUACAACAAUGAUGACCCCCACCUCAGCGAGAUAGGACCCUGCUUCCUGGAGCACCAAGAUGGAUUCUGGAUAUACUCUGAGUACUGUAACAACCACCUGGACGCCUGUAUGGAGCUCUCCAAACUGAUGAAGGACAGCCGCUACCAGCACUUUUUUGAGGCCUGUCGCCUCUUGCAGCAGAUGAUCGACAUUGCUAUUGAUGGUUUCCUUUUGACACCAGUGCAGAAGAUCUGCAAGUAUCCCUUACAGUUGGCUGAGCUCCUCAAGUAUACUGCCCAGGACCAUAGUGACUACAGGUAUGUGGCAGCUGCUCUGGCUGUCAUGAGAAAUGUGACUCAGCAGAUCAAUGAACGCAAGCGGCGCUUGGAGAAUAUUGACAAGAUUGCCCAGUGGCAGGCCUCUGUCCUAGACUGGGAGGGCGAGGACAUCCUAGACAGGAGCUCGGAGCUGAUCUACACUGGGGAGAUGGCGUGGAUCUACCAGCCCUAUGGCCGCAACCAGCAGCGGGUCUUCUUCCUGUUUGACCACCAGAUGGUCCUCUGCAAGAAGGACCUGAUCCGGAGAGACAUCCUGUACUACAAAGGCCGCAUUGAUAUGGAUAAAUAUGAGGUAGUUGACAUUGAAGAUGGCAGAGAUGAUGACUUCAAUGUCAGCAUGAAAAAUGCCUUCAAGCUUCAUAACAAGGAAACUGAGGAGAUACACCUAUUCUUUGCCAAGAAGUUGGAGGAGAAGAUACGCUGGCUCAGGGCUUUCAGAGAAGAGAGGAAAAUGGUACAGGAAGAUGAAAAAAUCGGCUUUGAAAUUUCUGAAAAUCAGAAGAGGCAGGCUGCAAUGACUGUGAGAAAAGUCCCGAAACAAAAAGGUGUCACCUCUGCUCGCUCAGUUCCUCCUUCCUACCCACCACCGCAGGACCCGUUAAACCAGGGCCAGUACCUGGUCCCUGAUGGCAUCGCUCAGUCGCAGGUCUUUGAGUUCACCGAACCCAAGCGCAGCCAGUCACCAUUCUGGCAAAACUUCAGCAGGUUAACCCCCUUCAAAAAAUAAUACCAACAGGGAGGCAGAUAAUUUUAAAAUAAAGUAAAUAUAAUUAUAUUUAUAGAUGGA